GCGGAUCAUAUGGUUACAUCAACCAGAGGAGGCUCGGAGUCUGUUGACGUUUUGGGGAAUCAUGUUUCCCAACAGAGAAAGGUGUCCGCCGUUCGAAUCAGGGUGAGGCCAUCCUUUGUUCGCUCUGGGGCCUGGGCUUUGUGCAGGCGAGCAGUGCAGGCAGCUCUCCCUUGUGCCAAUUCGCAGACAUAAGCUACCCUUACCUCACUCCAAAUGAGGCGAGUUCCCUAAUUUUGUCAGCGGAAGCUCAUGUCUAUUACUCAGCCUACAACUAAGAUUUGGAACGAUAGUGGUUUCGUGCAGAGAAUCCAUGCUCUCGGCUCCGAGUUGGCUUACGUGCAUGAGAUCUACGGCAACAAAUCUGAACAUGAGAGAAUAUCUCCGGAUGUCCAUCCAACAAUCCC